CCAAAUCUCCACCCAUUCUGAACAGAGCAUUCCUUCCACUGUACCUUAUAAAAAGGUAUGGUUGUGCCGAAGGAGACCAGAACACACCUUCAGCCUCCUUGAAAACAUCUUGUGACCAGUUGGAAGGAUGAAGCUCCUGGCACUUUGUGGCUUUUUGUUUGUCUGUCUCUUGUGCCUCAGUGCCUUUGCUGCAGAAGGUCAGAAGGCUAGAAAAGUCUGCUGCUCAAUAGUACCCAAGCGCAAUAAAAAAGCUCAUAAAGGUGUAAGUUUCAAAAUGACUCCAAAGAACAUAAAGAAAUACUGCAGGCCUUGUCCUGAGGUUCUGGUGGCUCCUGGACCCCUUCCACAGCUAAAAUGAGAACACUGAGAGGAGGGGGGAAGGCAUCUGCCCAUCAACACAUCUCACAGUGCUUCACUUGAUGGAGGGCCCUCCUUUCACAGACAGCACAUGAGUGUAUAUUCGUUUUGUUUUGGGAAAGGCUUUAGUACUGUUUAUUCCUUUUUCUUGUUAAUACUGACCUGGCAGCUAAAGUCAGGCAAAGUUUUCUGGCUGCCACCAGACUUUGUGCCAGUUGCAUAUUCCUCCACACCAAACAGGGAUUUACCUCCUCAAGUACAAGGAGGAGAAGAACUGGUUGAAGAGGUGGCUAAAUCGUGUUGGUUUGCAUUUCUGGGUUAUCUAAAAGAUGGUAAAGGGCUGAUGCUAUUGUUUCUAGUUAUGAGUGUACAUGUAUACUUUUUCUAUGAAUUAUUUAUGUUAUAUUAU